AUGUCCCCGCGGCGGGGCGCUGCCCGGGCCCUGCGUCACACGCGCCUGGGACGGCGCCUCGGGCCUAAAAUUGCGGCGCCGUCUCCGGGAAUGCGCGGCGCUGUCCGCUGCUCUCCGUGUGAAGGCGCGACGCCGGCCCUGCCGAGCCUCGGGAUUUUUCCAGUCUUGCCUGAAGGAUCCCUGGCUCUUCAGUGGGAUGUGGAGACCCAGCCCACGGCAGCCGCACUGCCCCUGGGCAUCCCCGAGCAAACCCCUGUGGGGGACGCGCUCCCAGAGACGGCCGAGCUCUCCCUGACGGUCGUGGCCGAGAUCCAAGCCGUGGAGAGCAAAGUGGACUCGUACGCCGCACAGCUCAUGAGCCUGGAGGGGAGGAUGGGAAUGGCCGAGACGAAGCUGGACGGCUGUGAGAAGACGGCGGUCGAAUUCGGGAACCAGCUGGAGAGCAAGUGGGCCGCCCUGGGCACCCUCAUCCAGGAGUACGGGCAGCUGCAGCGGCGGCUGGAGAACAUGGAGAACCUGCUGAAGAACCGCAACUUCUGGAUCCUCCGGCUGCCCCCGGGCUCCCGGGGGGAAACCCCCAAGGUGCCCCUGUUGUUCGACGAGGCUUCCUGCAGCUUCUCCGAGCAGGAGUGGAAGAGCCUGGACGACGAGCAGAAGGACCUGUACCGGCACAUCAUGAAGAGCAACUACGAGGCCGUGGUCUCAGUGGAUGCCGCCAUUUCCAAGCCGGGCCCGCCCUCCCGGAUCGAGCAAGGGGACGGCGAAGAGGGAGCGCCCUGCAGGGAGUCCGCUCUGGGCUCCCCGGUUUCUGCCCUCCAUGAGAACUCCUGGAUGGAGCAGGAGGAGGCGUCCCUUGCCGAAGGCAUGGGGGACCUGGAGGAUCGAGAUGUCCCCGGAGUCGCCGCAAGGGAUGCUCCCCAGCUUCUGGAGGAAGAUCCCGAAAGCGUGGAGCUCCCGGGCAUGUUCCCCAGGAAAUGGACAGAGGUCUUCCAGGGCCCCGGCGAGGAGCUGCUCUGCGAAAGCCAGCCCGCGCCUGCGGGUCCGGCGAGGAGGCCUGCUGGGGGCAGCCUGCGGCGCUCCGCCCGCUGCGUGGGCGAGGCACACAAGGAGGAGCCCCCCGCGCCGGCAGUGGAGGCGCACACCGGCCCCUACAUCUGCUGCGAGUGCGGGGAGGGCUUCCUGGACAAGCAGCUCUUUGCCGCCCACCAGAAGAGCCACGGGGGCGGAGGGCCGUUCCCCGCGAUGGACCCCGGGGGAGGCCCGAAAGCGAAGCCGCCCCCCGCCGCGCCCCAGAGGGCCCCGACGCCCGCCCGGGCCAGGGCCCCGAAGCGGCCGGAGCCCCAGCGGAGCUCGGGGCCCAAGCCCGGCACGGGGAAGCGCCCGGGCAACCACAUGGUGGAGAGGCCCUACACCUGCACGCAGUGCAAGGAGAGCUUCAAGCUGGAGGUCAGCCUGCUCCUGCACCAGAAGCUGCACACGGGGAAGGGGGACGGGCCGCUGACCUGCACCUACUGCGGCAAGGACUUCCGCGACCUCUCCAAAGCGGUCCGGCACCAGCGCAUCCACACCGGGGAGCGGCCCUACCAGUGCACGGAGUGCGGGAAGAGCUUCAUCCGGCGCGACCACCUCCUCAAGCACUGGCGCGUGCACACCGGCGAGACGCCCUACCAGUGCGCCACGUGCGGGAAGAACUUCCGCUACAAGGAGUCGCUGAACUGCCACCAGAAGAUUCACACGCGCACCCCGGCCACGCACCACCUGGCCAUCGCCUCCUCGGUGGGCCUGGUGGGCCUGAAGCCGGAGCCGCUGUAGCGCCCGGCGCCGGGCCGACGCGGCCGUGCCCAGCAGG